UUCUGGCAUCUUCAUGUAUUCGCUGAGCCUAGCCGCCCAGCUGCUGCUGCGUAAACCUGCCUCAGCUGUUAGCAUUAGCUCGCUAGCUGUUAGCAGCAGUGUGGCUCCUCGUGAUGUCUUCUAACACCGCUCUGCUCCAGUGACGUUCAGCCGGUUCCUCGCAUCGCGUAGCUGUUUUAGAGAAUAUGGGGCUAACGCAGAGCUCGCUCCUGUCGGACGGCGGCGCUAACAGCGGAUAUCACCUCCACGGGGUUCAGAGGGACUCUCCUGCACUGAAGGCUGGUCUGGAGCCUUUCUUUGACUUCAUCCUCUCUGUAGGAAACACCAGACUCAAUAAAGAGAGCGACUUGCUGAAAGAUCUCCUAAAAGCCAAUGUCGAAAAAGCGGUCAAACUUGAAGUGUACAACUCCAAAACCCAGCGGGUUCGUGAGCUGGAGGUGACACCCAGUAACAUGUGGGGGGGUCAGGGUCUGCUGGGGGCCAGUGUCCGCUUCUGCAGCUUUGAAGGAGCCAAUGAGAACGUGUGGCACGUCCUGGAUGUAGAAACUAAUUCUCCUGCGGCAUUGGCCGGCCUUAUUGCACAUGACGACUUCAUUGUGGGAGCUGACCAGGUGUUGCAAGAGUCAGAAGAUUUCUUCUCAUUGAUUGAAGCCAAUGAGGGGAAACCUCUGAAGCUGUUGGUUUACAACACACAAACAGAUCAAUGCAGAGAGGUGGUGGUGACUCCCAAUGGAGCCUGGGGAGGGGACGGAAGCUUAGGCUGUGGUAUCGGCUACGGCUAUCUGCACAGGAUCCCGACCCGUCCAGUUCAGCCUAACAAUGAAAGUGUUCUGCAGUCAAUAGUCGCUGGCAGCCACGAAGAGCCUCUGGCAAGUGACCACAGUGAGGUGCCUUCUGUGGGUGAAUGUAGCCCCUCUGCUGUCAGUGACACCGGCUUGAAUCAAACUGAGGAAGUUGCAAAGGAGAUGAUUGUUACCUCAACCACACCGCCAGCUGCAGACUUAGAUAUUUCCGACUUACCCGAGGCAAUGACUCCAGAUUUAUCAGACAUGGCUUCCACCAAUGACAUGGGUCAGAGCUCUAUGCUUGCUAAUUACGGAGAUGAAUCUGGUUAUCAGUGUAGCUUGGAUUCCUCGUCCGUUCUCCAGAGUCCGUCGUCUCCAGAGAAGGAAGACGAAUCGGACGUCCACAAAACCGAGCAGGAUCCCGCUGUCGACCCGAUGACUGCUUCCCCGAGCGGAGAGGCUGCAAUUGACCUUGUUGGCCUUGACGUCACCACAGAAAACCUGUGUGACACAAAUAUCCCAGAGAUGCAAGAGGCCGGCUCCGAGCCCUCAGUCUCAGCCAGCGUUGUGGAGGAGGAGGAGGAGGCGGCGGUGCCUGAACCUGCUGCGACAGACAGUUGAGACAACUGCUUCAACAGAGGAUAAGUUACUUAAACUCUUCAGCUGACUUGCAUAAAAGAUUAAGAGCACACCAUGUUAUGUGAAAAGCUCCCCCAUGCAAUUGUAAGUUGCCUUAUUGGAGAAAAAAAAGAAUUAACUUCAGAGUUUUAUUUACAUCCAAGUGCCGUUGCUGCAUGCUGAAUUGCACAUUUAAGAAAGCCAUUUGAUUGUCACAACAAUAUGAAUGUAAUCUAUAAUUUAGUUCUCAACAAGAAACAGAAGGAAGUCUGAGUUGAGUCUUAGUUGCUGUGAAGCUUCAUUAUAAUUUGCACUAAAAAGCCAGAGGUGAAUAAUGUUCGGUUUUGUUGCUGUUACUGUCGUCACCUGCUAAUUAGUAUGAAACACUGAGUGCUCGAGCUGGACUUUAUACACAUCCAUGAGCUUUUAUGUUUCACAGUUUAGGAAAUUGGGAAUUAUGUUUUUAUUUUCAUGUGGGUUGAGUUUCAGAUGAGUGAAAAGAUUUUUUAAAUCUCAGGCAUUAACCAUUUAAGCCUUUUUUCCCUUAUGUCUUGUUUUAACUAUGUGUUGGUUUGUCUUUGGUGUAAAUGAUUGAGUCAUAGGAUGCAGCUCUCUGACUUCUGUUUCUUCUCUUUAUAUAGAUUUUAAUCAGAUCAUGUGUAUGAUUUUCAUGGAUGAAUGUAAAUAUUCAAAUUAUUUAUAAAAAAUAAGAUGCUCAAGUUGAA